UGCUGGUUUCCCCUCAGCAUAAUUUGUCCUGCCGGGCUCUCACAAAUGUGAGCCUUGAUAAUUUUUUCAAAGACUUUGCCAAGGAUGGAGGUGAGACUGACCUGAGCUAAAUCUCCAGGUUCCUGAGCUAAAUCUCCGGGUUGUGUAACUUCAAGCCUGUUAUGUGGUUUCAAGGGCUCCUUGCAAUAGCUGGGCAGCAUUCUUCUUCCCUCAUUGAUAAAGCAACCCACAGCCCUGAGGCCCCCUCUACACAUGCAGGUUAAAGGCGUGAUGGGAUCUAAUGGGAUCAUGUACAUGGCAGGAGGCAUGAUUUGAGGAUCAUCCAUUGGAUCCCAUUGCACCUUAUUGCUGGUGCAGGGGGAGCCCGAUCCCAGGCUUUCUCUGCACUGGCAAGAAAUAAGCUCCCAUGGGUGAGUCCUCCACACAUCCCAGUUGAGCUAGUUGGACCUUUUGAUGGUGUGAUAAGUCUUUGCACUGUAGCUGGCUUUGAGGCAAUCGCACCAUUAACCAGUUAGUUGCGGCAUACCUCCAAGUGGUAGAGGGGACCUGACUGAGACAGAAGCUGUCCUGAGGGGGCAGAAGGGGUGUGGGGGAAGACCCCUGAGAAGAGUAGGGUUGCCAACCCUCCCGGAUCGACUGGGAGUCUACCAGAACCAGCAUCCAUCUCCUGGUGACUACUGAAAGUAAUCUGGGAGACUUUAAUAGGAUAUUUUAAGAAAAUGAAAUGAAUGGCAACAUGUCAUGCUGGAAAAAAAAAUCUCUUGGAAUAGCUUCAGUCAUCAGUGGCAACCCUAGAGGAGAGGGGCAGGUAGGACGUCAUGCAGUGCUGACUCCUGGCUGAGCUCUCCCCCAUCCUGUCCCCUCUUCCUCUGCCCUCAGGAACCUGGACCUUUUUAGGGUGUAUGGGCAGCACUUUCUAGAAGCAGGACAUGGGCUGCUGCGGUUCCCCUGUGGCAGGUUGAGGCAUUAGGUCUGUGUUGUGUGAGGGUUGAGAUGGGGGGGUUUGCACAGGCUGCUGUCGCCUCAGGGAUGACGGCCCUUCCAGCCCCGCUUGUGUGCCACGAGGGAGGCGGCUGUGCCCGGGGAGCAGCCCAGGGGCUGUGCCCGAGGCGGGGAAAGCCCCCCCCCUCCCGCCCGGCUGCGCCCCCGGCCCCGCUCGCCCCUCCCUGCGGCGGGCGGUCCUCCCCCCUCGCGGAGCCCGCGCCUGUGCGGCGGCGGCGGCUCGGGCAGGCCGGUGCCGCGCGGCCCAGCCGGGGGGGCCGGGACCAUGCACCGCGCCGCCUGCAGCCAGCGCUCCGGCUCCUCCUCCUCGGGCUCCUUCCAGCCGCCGCCUCCGCCGCCGCCCGCCGCCGCCGCCGCCCUGCAGCCCCUCGUCCUGGGCAGCGGCAGCAGCGGCGGCGGCAGCAGGGGCCGGGGCCGGCGCGCGGCGUCGCCGGGCUCCUCGCGGGCUCGCAGCACCAGCAGCAGCGGCGAGGAGGAGGAGGAGGAGGAGGAGAGCAUCAGCCUGAGCAAGCCACUGGUCCCCGCCGCCCCGCCCGCCGACAGCAGCGGUGGCAGCGGCAGCAGCAUGACGGCGGCGGAGCUGUACGCGGCCCCGGCGGCGGGGGGCAGCCCGGCGUUGGCGGCGGGCGGGGCGGGGGAGGCAGCGGCGCUGGCGGCGGCGGGGGCCGGCGGCGGCGGGUCGCGCUGGGGCUACAAGGCGGUGUCGCUGGCGCUGCUGCUGGGGCAAGGCGCGCUGCUGGACGCCUACCUCAUCGCCGUCACCGACCUGUACUGGUGCAGCUGGAUCGCCACCGACCUGGUGCUGGCGGCCGGGUGGGGCAUCUUCUUCUGCCGCCACAGCCGCGCGCGCCGCCGCGAGCGCCCCCCGCCGCCGCCGCCGCCGCCGCUGCUGCUGCAGCCGCCGCCGCAUGGGGGCCGGGGCGCGGGCCGGGCCGGGGGCCUGGCGCGGGGCGGGGACUGGGCCUACGCGCACCUGGCCUGGCUCAUCUACGCCAUCGCCUUCACACCCAAGGCGGCCCUCAUCCUGGGCACGUCCAUCGCGGAGCUCAUCGAGCUGCGCCUGCCGCUGGGCACCACGGGCUGCCGCCUCACGCUGGCGCUGUCGGCGCCGCUGCUCUACUGCCUGCUGCGCGCCGUGGCCCCCGACCAGCCGCCGCAGCAGCUCCUGCCGCCGCCGCCGCAGCCGCACCGCGCCGCCGCCGCCUUCCUGGCCACCUGCCUCGACCUGCUGGACAGCUUCACGCUGCUGGAGCUGGCGCUGCCACCCGGGCGGCCCGCGCCGCUGCCCGCGCCACUGCGCUACGCCCUGCUGGCCGUCUACUUCCUCUGCCUGGCCUCGCCCGUGCUGUGGCUCUACGAGCUGGGCGCGCCUCGCCCGCCCGGCGCCGCCCGCCUCGCGCUGCACCUGCUGCUGCCCGCCGGGCUGCUGGACGCGCCGCUGCUGGCGUUGCGCUGCCUCCUGCUGCUGCGCUACCAGCAGCCGCUCUCCGUCUUCAUGCUCAAGAACGUCUUCUUCCUGGCCUGCCGCAGCCUCGAGGCGCUGGAGGCCUGCUGCCUGCUGCAGCCCGCCACCAAGCCCGCCCCGGCCCCCGGGCCCGGGCCGGGACCCGGGGCCGCCCCGCUGGCCCGCUGCAUCUCUGACAACGACGUGGGCCCACACGGCUACGUCAACACCCUGGCCGUAGCCCAGAGCUGAGGGGCCUCGCCCAGGAGGCAAAGGCCGGGAAGGGUGUCGCCAUUGCCCCCCAGGCCUUCUGCCGGCCCCUUCUGCCCCAGAGCUCAGGAACAAGGGGAACGGGAUCCUCUCCCCACCGGGCUGAGCUGGCUCUUCUUUCCAGUCCUUCCUCCCUGGCAGAGCUGCUCUGCCUUGCCGCUCAGGGUCCCGCAUUGCCCCGAACUGUUAUGACUGAGGGCUGGAAAAAGCUGCCGGUUCUUUCCAUGCCAGUCUCCCCCUGCCUUUCCCAGGAAGGAGCCUCUCGGCAGCCGUCGGACACGCAGCGCAGGCUAUCUGCCUGGAGGAAGGCAGAAGCCCUUGCUCCUUGCAGCAGCUUUUGCUUCUAGCCCCUUCAUAGCAUCUCAAAGCCCAGGUCUGUUUCCCCCUUGCUGUGUGCCAAAACAUCUCAUCAAGGUGCCCCUCAUUAACAAAAUGAGUUUCAUUUUGUUUCCCUGCAUCAAGGGUGGACUGGAUUCUGGCCUUGAUGACACUUAGAAAUCCUGAUGGGCUGAAUGUGAGAAGGAACUAAGUGGCCACGAUCUCCUCUGCACGUCUGUCCUUGGGGUACAUGCAAGACCACAAAGAAGAUGCUUCCUUUUAGUCUUCUUAUAGCCUACAGAGGCACCGUCUCUGUUUUACAUCUGCUGAGACACGGAAAAAAACGGGCCUCCGAAUCCCCCAUGGAGUGAGCUUCUUUUCUGGGAACUGAGGCUGCUGGUCUAGCAGUUUCAAGGGAAGCCACUUGUCUCCUUGCUGAAAAUAUCUACCUCUGUGCUUCAACUUUGUUGCAUCUUGUGCUAAAAGAACAAGUGAGUCUGAAAUGGGCCUACACCAGGGGGCUGAGUCUCCCUCCCCCCCCAACAAAACAAAACAAAACAAAACAAAACAAAACAAAACAAAAAAGAGACAUUUAUUUCUGGUGAGAACAGGGUCUAACAACAGGCUCCUGCUUGUUUCAGGCAGCAGCAGCCACUUGCUGGGGCUCCCAGUUUUCUGUGAAUAUGCAUGUUUUAAGGAUCAUUGUUGUGUUUUGUUUUUUUUUACACGGACAAUAAGGGCACCCUCCACUCAGCUUAGGCAGGCUGGGAAGAUUUGGUCCAGCAACUGUGAACUUUCCAUUUGCACCAACUUUGAAGAACAGACCUGAGACUGGAACCUGCCAACUGUCUUCCUUGCUACCAGCAGGGGAAUCUUGGUGCUGCUUGGAACAGCUGGAUGAACCUCAUUUGACUUCCAGACCUGGGCAGGGAAGUGCUAUGAUGAGCCACCUGCAUGGGACAAAGUUGCACACCACAGUUUACCUGUCUUGGUGAGACCCAUCCCCCACAUCUUGGCAUUGUCUGUCAUCCAUAUGUGCAUAUGGCUAAAGGCUGGGGGGGGAAGAAGGUAACUGAUGCCAUUUCAUGGAAUACAGCUGUCCUUGGUGUUCGAGCUCCAUGGAUGUUUGGGGCAGCUUAAGCCUGAUUCAUUAGCUGGCUGUAGCUGCCCCAGGAACCCAAGAUGCUGAACAGAAAGAACUAGGAAGGGAAAGCUUUGUCCCCUCCCGGUUGUUUCUUGACAGAAAUGCAUUCACAUGGGAUGGUAGGCACUCUGCUGUCAGAGCCUUUUUUCCAAGCUGCCCAUAUGGGAAAGGGAACAAAGUGCAGCAGCUCUCCACAGCCAGUGCCAGAAUCAUACGCACAGCUGGGACUUUUCCUGUGCAUGUACAUACAUUCCUUAUUUCAACUCUUGGGCUUCACUGGGAGGGAUGACACUAGAGCCGGAGCUACUGCUGUCACUACCCCACUCAGAGCAGGGUAGAGGUCCUCCUCUAGAGCACUGCAAUUACACAAUGUUUACAGUCCAUGACUUCUCUCUGCUUCCCACAGGUGACCUGUGGUGGCCUCUUCUCUCCCCAGUCCUGGGUGGCUGGCUAGCUUCAGCUGUGACAUAGAAAGGAAGGACCCAAAGUGCCCUUCUGUUAAAGCUGCAGCUGGUAAGGGUGAUUCGCUACUCUUCCCAAGCCAGCCAGAGGCAGCAAAGACUAGGCUUAAUUUUCCCACCAGUGCUUUAUUUUUAUCUGAGCCCUAAACAAAGUGCUUGUUUUGGGCAACAGUGUGAAAUUUGGCCAGUGGCCUUCUCUUGAGUAAUUUCUUUUUAUUUGUCUGGACAAUCUUGGUGCUGUGAGUGACUGUGAUUGUAAAACUAAGUACUGUGAACUUUUCCUACGUGAUCUGAAAGGUGCCUAGGGGGAUGCUCGUUUCCUGGCCAAAGGGAGAGAAGGAACUGGAAUAUCUGCAUUCAGGUAGGGGGUCUUCCCCCUCCUUUUUAAUAUUUAAACUCAAAAAGGAACCAAAGUACCAUUAAAAAAAACAGGCAACUCUUAGGUAUCCUAGCCUAAUAGUAUUCCACUCUAUGCAGUCAAACAGGCAAGGUAUAGCAUAGAAAAAGCUGUCAAGAGAAAGGAAACAAAUGUUGCUGUUCAUGCUUCUAGUAAAGCUGCCAGUGGCUUAUCAGUGCACUGCGUACAAGGUAUUUGGCAGGUUUAAAUUAUUUGGGCACAAGUAUAAUUCAGACAGGGUGUGUCUACAUGUGCGCAUUUAAUGUGCGUUACCCCAAUUUAAGGUGCAUUAAGGACGCUUAUCUACAUGUGCGCAUCCUUAACGGAACUUAAAAAUGGUGAUUUUAGGCUUAAAGCAGGUAUCAAAUUUAUGCGCAAAUAGCUAAGCCCCAUUAGCAAAUGUGUAGAUGUGUUAAUGUGCAUUAACAUAGCAUGUAUUCAUUGAUUUAGGACUAACUUCAGUCCCAAGUCAGUCUGCACACCUGUGCUAAUGCACCUUAGCAUGUGCAUGUGUAGACACACACCUAAAUUGCCUUAAUGCACAUUAGGCUAAUAUGCAUUGUUUAGACAUGCGUAAAAGCACGCCUAGAUACACCCACAGUAAAGGAACAGUAAUAGCGGAACUGACACAUUCCAUUUUCUUUGUUGUAGGUGAUGAGCAAUAGAGCUACUGGUCAACCGCAGGCAAGUUUACACAUGUGCUUUCAUGCUCAUUAGCUUAUUUUAAUGUGCAUUAAAACCGUGCGCUUUUGCUAAUGUGUAUUGAAACAGGCUAAUGCACAUUAAGCAUCACUUAAAAACUGUGAGCACUUUUACAUGUGCUCCGGGGGUGGGGAGUUGCUCUUUAAUUAAACUACAAGCUAUAGUUCAAGUGCCCUGCCGCCAUUUUUAAGCAUGGGGAUGCUGAAACACAAGACACAGGAGUCUACUGUAGCAUGGCAAUUGCUAUGCUUCAGCAGACUCAAUCGAGUCUGCUCCAGUACAUCAGAGCAGCAUGCAUGCUUAUAUAUAGGUGCCCUGUGUCUUUAAUUAAUGCGCAUUAAGAUAAACUAAUGCACAUUUUCUUAGUACCUCACAAUGGAGGUACUAGGUUGAAUGCUUAUUAACUAAAGUGCAUUAAUGCACAUGUAAAUAUAACAAGUUCAUUUUUCUAAUAGACAUUGGUGUGAAAGGAGGUAUAUUGGACCUUUGCCUAUAGAUGAGUUUCCUUCGUCUUUAGUGGCUGCCUCUGAGAUGCUGACUGUGCGGUCGUUACUGCAAUCAUUUAGUAUUUGUUUAUACAUGUCACAAAACAGACAUUUGUCGGCGCUACUGUGCAGUAACUCAGGUUACUGUACAGUCAUUUAGUACUUGUAUAAAUACUACUGUGCACUAGUGUCACAUCGCUGUUGCCAUAUUAUGCUAUUGCAUAGUAGUAUCGGCCAACUGUGCAGUCAGCGUUUCAUAUAGAUGUGGCCACUUUCAACAAGAGGCUACAAAGCAUUGUGUUAAUCUUGUAUAUUAAAUUUGUUCUUCAGUUCAAAAUUGUGCUGAACACCUAAGUCUCAGAACAGGUGUUUUGCCAUAUUGGUUCUCUUGUAGAAAAGCUUCAGUACAGGGUGCGACUUUUAUUAACUGCCAUUGUUUCCUGGAUACUUGCCAGUUGGUACCAGACUUCUAGUGAAUGCUUUGUUGAGCUAGCUGGUUUAAGGAAUCCCCUUGCAGCAAAAAUGGCAGCUAUAAUAAUACCAAUGCUAAUCACCCAUUAUGUUAAAAUAGUUUAAGUGGCGUUUAAGUCCGCUAUAACUUUCUUCACCCCCCCCAUGUAGAAUUUAACCUCUACUUCCAUUCACAUUGUUCUGCUCCAAAAACCUUUAUGAGAGAGGAAUGAACAAUUGUACUUUUCUGGUUGCAAAUGAUGCCCCUUACCCCAAACACCUUGAAGGCAUGUUAUGUUGCCUGUCGCUUCCACUUUAAACAAGCUCCUGGCCUAAGUCAAUAUUUUGGUAAGCCACAUUGUACCAUUGGAAGGUACAGGCUCCUAUCUAUGUAACUCCAGCAUGCAAAGUAGUCCUGCACCAGAACUUAUUUAGGCUUGUUGUGGUCUCCUGAGAUGCAUUUUUGUACCUCCUUCAUCUGAGAGUGUCUACCCAACUCCAAGGAGGGGAAAAUGAAAUUAUAGAAAGGAAUAGGCUGUGUGGCAGGAGGAGGCUUGACAUCCCACCUAGCAUCUAAUCAGAACUUGUAUUUUUUAAAAAUGAGAUUUGUUCUUAAAAUAAAAUGAGAAACUUG